AUGAGCCAAGUAGCAAAUCCAGCUUUCGUAUUGAAAUCUAUUAAAAAUGUUAAAUUUGAAAACAGACCUCUCUUGGAGCUAGGUCCAAAAGAAGUUAGAGUCUACAUCAAGCAAACUGGAAUAUGUGGUAGCGAUGUCCAUUAUUGGCAAAAAGGAAAAAUUGGCAAGUUCAUUCUACAAGACGGUCAAGAUAUGGUUUUGGGGCACGAAUCAAGCGGUAUUGUUGUCAAAGUUGGCAAAGAUGUAUCAACUUUGAAAGCCGGGGACAGGGUUGCGAUAGAGCCCGGAGUGCCAUGUAGAUAUUGCGAUUAUUGCAGAGAUGGAAAGUACAAUCACUGUGAGGAAAUGGUCUUUGCAGCGACUCCCCCUUAUGAUGGUACUUUAGCUAAGUAUUACAAUGUUAGUUAUGAUUACUGCUAUAAAAUUCCGGAUCAUAUGAAUUUGGAAGAAGCUGCUAUGGUGGAGCCAAUCUCUGUUGCUGUUCAAAUCUGUAAGCGUGCAAAGCUUCAGGCAGUAGAUUCGGUGGUAGUAUUUGGCUGUGGACCAAUAGGAUUAUUAUGUCAAGCUGUUGCUAAGGCAUAUGCGUGUAAAAAAGUAAUUGGUGUUGAUAUUUCUGAUGGUAGGUUAGACUUUGCAAAGAAAUUUGCCGCAGAUGAAGUUUACAAAAUGCCUUGCAAGAAGGAAUAUGAAACGGACGAACAGUUUGCCAUUAGUACUUCGAAUGCCAUAAAAAAGAAGUUUAACUUAGGGGAUGGUGCGUCUGUUAUCUUAGAAGCUUCCGGCGCAGAGCCAUGUAUUCAGGUUGGUGUAUUUUCCGCCUGCCCGGAAGGUCGAUUCGUUCAAGCCGGAAUGGGCAAAGAAUUUAUUAGUUUCCCAGUAACUGAAGCUCUUGUCAAGCAGCUUAAUUGGACAGGAAGUAUUAGAUAUAGCACAGGGGUAUAUCCUACUGCUAUAGAAUUAGUAGCAAGUGGCAAGAUAGAUGUUAAGCAAUUGAUCACAAAUAGGUUCAAGUUCGAAGAAGCAAAAAACGCUUUUGAAUUAGUGAAGGAAGGACGCUCUGACGUAAUUAAGGUUGUAAUCGAAGGAGUUCAAGAAAAAGGUUCUAAAAUUUGA